AUGCUGAAAAAACUCUUUAAUAUCCUGGUCUUUUUUUCUUGCCUCAGUGUGACAUGUUUUUUUGUGCUUCUAGUCUACAGCAAAGACAACACCUUAUUUAUUUUUACAAAGCCACAACGUAUGGCAAAUGGAAACAACAUACUUUACCGGUGGAUAAAUGAACUUGUUCAACUGGAGAGUAAGGCUUCAAAUGCCAGCCAAGAGGAGACACAGAUGUCACCCACAAAUGUGACUUUGGGACCCUGCCCUGACACCCCACCAAAUCUUUUGGGUCCAAUCCAUGUGGAGUUUAACUCUACAUUAACUUUGGAUGAGGUGAGAAAGGAGGUUGGUUUUCCUCUUCAGGAAGGAGGACGAUACAAACCACCAAAUUGCACUGCAAAACAGAAGGUGGCGAUCAUCAUCCCAUUCCGAAAUCGGCACAAGCACCUUAAGCACUGGCUGUAUUACCUCCAUCCUAUAUUGAUGCAUCAGCAGUUGAACUACAGAGUGUAUGUCAUCAACCAGGAUGGAGAUGGAGUCUUC